UAAAUUCCGGCUGACGACACGGGACGCUGCAUGCGGAAAGCACUUCGCGUUGGAGCUUCAUUGUGUCUGUGAUCGUUUCAUACAGAUCGCGUGAUCUUAGCGCUCUUCAUUUGCCAGUGAGGAUUUAACCGCCAAUCUGCUGAAGAUAUCAAGGAAGAGGUUUGAUGAUGGAUCGGCCUACAAGAGUAUUAAGACCACGUGUUAGUGGCAGGGUCUACAAACAUGACGUGGACAAGACGGUGGACAAGGAGAAUAGAACAAGACAAGUUGCAAGGAAGAAGGUGACUGUAGCUAAACAUGCCAAAGGACAAGUUCGGAGAGAGCGCAAAAGGGUCAAAUCAAAUGGAGUGCCGACAGUGCAAAUCAGCGAUGAUGAGAUGGCCUUCCUGAUGCGACAGAAAAAUGUCGACAAGUUCUUCGACCAUUCUGGGCAAGAUUACGACUACCAUGAGGAUAUUGUUGCAUAUCUAAAGGAUAGAGAAACAUUGCUUGAUAUGAGCAGAGAAGCCAGUCGAUCUUCUGUACAGCCGUUACAUCGUGAAGUAUUGAUAGAUUGGCUUACAGAUGUACAAGCUCAUCUUGAACUUGAGAAUGCAACGUUACACUUGGCGGUUGCCUUGAUAGAUGCAUACGCAAUGGAGCGGGAUAUCUCUGUACAUUCGCUUCAGCUCGUAGGAAUCACAUGUCUGUUUGUAGCAUCUAAGUACGAGGAUGUGUACGUUCCCAGUGUGUCUACUCUUUGCAUGUUGUGUGCCAGUUGCUACAAAGAGAGUGAAUUACUGAAGAUGGAACCACGAAUAUUACACACUUUGGAAUACAGUCUCUUUUUCCCCACAGCUGUUGAUUUUCUGCCUCUUUUUUUCACCCUUGCUGAUAUUGAGGAUGAGACGCUGGUCUUCAUGUGUAACUACCUGGUGGAUCUUACCUUACCAUUGCUCCAUUCCAUGGACUCACGCCCAUCAAUAUGGGCCGCCGCUGCUAUCUUCUUAUCCCUCACAAUUCGAAGAUCCCAUCACCUAUCUAACAAUGAGAAAAAGAAUCCAUACAGAGUGAAUAGCUGUGGAGAGACUGUAUGGAGUUUACACCUGCAGACAGUGACAAGCUACAGUGAACUAUCCAUGACCAAGGUAGCAAGAAAAAUAGUGGAAAAGGUCCUUGAAUCAAAGACUGCAAAGCUUCAGGCAUCAUAUAAGAAACAUAACAAGGAAAGUUUCCAGUUCAUCAGUGAGGAGAUAUUUCAAUGGUGCUCUGAUCCGGCUAACCUUAUCUCAAACAACCUUGAACCUCUACCCCAAAUAGGUAACACCAUUUAAGAAGCACAACUACCCAGGACACUGCUUCCUCUCAUUUUCUUUCUCAUUUUUUUCCAGAGGAACUUCGAUGAUUUAAAUAUCAGAGAUAAGGGUAUACAUUACAUCUUUUCAGAAUCUUCAAAAUUCAGAGUGCUUCAGUAUACAUACAAUAUGAUAAGACUCUCCUUUCUACAGCCCUCUAUAUUGACUAUUACAGUCUUAGAAAAGAGCACUAAUUAUUAUUUAGUUAUGCCCCCAAAUUGAUUUUUCUGUAAUUAGCUUUAAAGAAGCAUUUUGACACUUUCAGAAUUCUUCAUUGGAAGCAUAAUCCUGGGUUGUUUCAACUGGUGUGUUUUCAUCAAGUGGCCUACCUGACUGAAACAAAAAAAAAUCUUGAAAAAAAAAUGAAUGUAUAUCUUGCCAGAGCAAAGAUGAUAUAUUUUUCAU